AUGCCAUAUUGUAUACACCCGCAUCUGACGACUAUACUUCAUGCACGGGUCGAUUUCUCUGGACCCUAUCAUUUCUGUGAACCCGAGCGACAGCGACAGCAUUACGGCCUCCGCCGCCGCCUAUUCCCUCCAGGCCCGGACCUGCCUCUGAUGUUUCUUGGUCGCCAUCAGCGGGCAGCUAGACGGCGCUCGCAUAGAUUAUUAUUCUGUGCAUUGCUAUGCGCUUCUCUGAUGAUGAUAUACUACAUCUCUAUUCCGGGAGCGGUGCCUCCGCCAGCAAGGCUUGUUCGGCCAGAUUCCCACGGCAUUCCACUAGCAAUUGUGGUGGGCAAAACGGUGGGAGAGAAUGCGAAUUGGGCAUAUAAGAUGUUUCCGGAAUGGACCCCUUUCGUCUACAGCGUCGACAACGAACCAGGCUAUGGCCUCCACGUGCCCAACCGCGGCCGCGAGUCCAUGCCCUACCUCACCUUCAUAAUCGACCACUACUACAACCUCCCGGAUAUCGUCGCCUUCAUGCAUGCCAACAAUCGACAAUGGCACAACCAAGAUAUCAGCCCGUACAACGACCGAGUUCUCCGCAGCCUCCGCCUCGAAACCGUCCGGAAAAGAGGCUACGUGAACCUGCGCUGCAGGAUCAGUCCAGGUUGUGAACCAUCCAGCGUGCUCCCGCAUCACCCGACCUUCGCCGAUAUCGAUCGCAACGAUACCCGCUCACGCUUUGCUGAUAUCUAUGCGAAAUUGUUUGAGCUGGACGAUGUGAAGGACGUACCACAGGUCAUUGGCGGGGUAUGCUGUGCACAGUUUGUGGUGACGCGGGAGCGAAUUUUGCAGAGGCCGUUGGAGGACUAUGUGCGGAUGAAGGACUGGGUGUCGUCAGGGUCCCGGCCGAUGAAUGAUUACGAUGUUGGGUGGGUGUUUGAGAAGAUUUGGCAUAUUAUUUUUGGGGAAGCGGCGGUAUCCUGCAUAACCGAGUCACAAUGUCUCUGUGACCUCUACGGCAAAUGCAAACCAUCCCGCCGCCCCAAGAAGGCCACCAAAUUAGCAUUUGAACCAGUUUCAUGA